AUGCGAGACCCGAUGGAACGGAUACGGCCAGACCAGACUGUCUUCAGGAGACACCAUCUCUAUUCCGCACAUGAAGACAUGGACCACGAUCACACCCAAGGAGUCGCGCUUCUGUUGGCGCCGGAGGCUAUGAGAGCGCUGGUGGCAUGGGAACCCGUCUCACCAAGACUUAUGGCAGCCAGGUUCCACUCCAAGGGAAGGAAGACCACAGUCAUACAGUGUUAUGCACCAACUUACGUAACACAGGAAGAAGAAAAGGAAGACUUCUACAGUUCUCUGCAGUCGGUUUUGGACCGGACUCCGCGAAGAGACAUGAAGAUCGUCAUGGGCGACUUGAACGCCAAGGUGGGUGACGACAACACAGGCAAAGUAUUCAUCAUGGGCAGACAUGGCGUAGGUACAUGCAACGAAAACGGAGAGCUGUUCACAGACUUCUGUUCCUUCAACGACCUAGUCAUAGGCGGCACCAUCUACCCACACAAAAAGAUCCACAAGACCACUUGA